UAUCAGUUCCAGUUGGAAGCCAAGCAAGUGCAACUCAUUGCGAUUGCACUCUCCAAUCAGAAACCACAACAAACACUUUGAUUAACCAAAACACAGCGAUCCCAUUAGAAUCUCACUACACAAUGGGAGAUAAGGUUAUCGGAUCAGAGAGUUGGGUAACCGAUUCAAUCGGUGAAAAACUACGGAACGAUGACGACGUGUUUGCGCAGCGGAGUGUUAAUAAUUGUUUUGCUUGGGAUUCUGGGAAUUCCCGAACCGAUAUCUGCCGGUAAUAUUCUGGCCGUGUAUCCGCAUUUCGGCUUCAGCCACUUCAAGGUGGUGAUGCCCAUCCUGAACGAGCUGGCGCAUCGUGGUCAUGACAUCACGGUAAUCUCGUACGUUAAGAACCCCCAAGCCGGAGCCUAUCCCAACUAUGAGGAGCUACUGAUUUCGGCUCCCGGUGAGGAUCAGUCGAGCACCACGAUCAACUUGGUUCCCCUGACGGAGCACACACCCACCAGAUCCCUGGGAGUCCUCAUCCGUGAGUAUGUAGAUCUGCACGAAGAGGGCCAGAAGACCUGCGAGCACCUCUUCGCCAGUGGCCACAUAGAACGGGCCAUCGAACGACAUCGAAAUAAGCCCUACGAUCUGCUACUCACGGAAUACUUCAACUCCGAUUGCCAACUGGCCUUGGCCAAGUUAUUAAAUCUGCCAAUUAUAGGCUUAAGUACCUGCGCGCUGAUGCCCUACUAUUACGAUCGCAUCGAUUUGCCCGACACACCUGCCUUCAUACAGUCGGAAUUCGUGGGUUUCGCUGGCCAACUGAACUGGCACGAACGGCUGCUCAACUUUGUUCAGGCCAAGUUAUUAAAGUUUCUGUACAAGUACCAUUCCAACAGGGCUGACAACGAGUUGGUACGGAAGUAUCUUGGAGUGGAAGUAGACGUAGAAGAAGUAGCUCGAACUCAAACUGCUUUUAUAUUUGGAAACCAACAUUACUCCCUGAUGGGAAGUCGUCCACAAUCACUGCAAUUUGUGGAAAUCGGAGGAGUACAUAUCACCAAGAAAGCGGAGCAGGAGUUACCCCAGAAUAUCGCCAAUUUCCUUAACCAAUCAGCAGAGGGUGUGAUCUUCAUAAGCUGGGGUUCAAUGGUGCGGGCUUCAAGUAUUGACGAAGAUAAACUGUCAGCCAUACUAGAAGUUCUAAAAAGCCAGCCCUUGAAGAUCAUCUGGAAAUGGGAGGCGGAUGAGACUCCCGAUACAGAUGCCUCCAAGUUUCUCUUCGUCAAAUGGGCUCCCCAAUUGGCGCUUCUAUGUCACCCAAAAGUAAAGUUGUUUUGGUCCCAUGGCGGCUUACUUGGAACCACUGAAUCGGUGCAUUGUGGCAAACCCCUACUAGUCACCCCAAUCUACGGAGAUCAAUUCCUUAAUGCAUUCUCGGUGCAAAAUCGGGGAAUGGGUCUGAAGUUGGACUACCAAGACAUCACUGUACCAAACCUAAAGAAAGCUCUUGCAGAGCUCAGCAAAAACAGCUAUGCCCAACGAUCUCUUGAGGUCUCCAAGGUGUUCAAUGAGCGUCAGCAGACGCCUCUGGAAUCAGCCAUUUGGUCUGUGGAACACGUCAUUAGCAAUGGAUUGAUUGCCGCCAGACUACUUCAAUCUCCAGGCAUAGAACUGAAUGGAUUUGUCUACCAUUCACUGGAUAGUGUAGCCCUGAUCCUGUUACCUUUAAUUUUACUGAUCCUAGUCCUAUGCUAUCUGUGCAAACGGAAUCCAUCGAAGUUGGCCCACAAGAAAGUUGGCAAGAAGCCAAAGAGAUCGUAGUCUACUAAGAUUUACGCAUGACUUGACAAUUUCUGUGACAACAAAUAUAUAUAUUAAGCAUCGUUAAAAGCGACUUCAGUAGCGCAGACGUUGCAUGCAAUCCCUGCGACACUCCUCGAAGGUCAGGAAAUUGUUCUCAGUGGAGGCACAGCCCGUGUAGAUGAAGCUCUCGCAGUUUCCGGUCUUCUUGUUGUAGGCAUAUCGCAACUGGUGACCCCGGCACAAACCAGGUGCCUUUGGCUGUCUGCAGGCUGAAUGUAGAAUAGAAAAGAGUUAUUAAAAUCUAGUUUCGUAUCGAAUAAAUCCACGACUCACCUAUUAUCUGUUCGAUUUGUUCGUGUGUCUGGUUUUCCAAGCUCGGAAGACCCAACGAUAGGCCCACAACCAAUAGCAACACCAGCCAAAGUUGCCCCCAGCUCGAAAUCCAAACCAUUUUGUUCAGUUCAUUAACAUAUGGCGGCAAUCUCUCUAAGUUGCGAAAUAAAUUAUAUAUCCAAUCG